UUUUUAAAUUGUACUGGUCACUUCAGUGGUGCAGCCUAUAGAAAGCCCUACCAAUGUCAAGGCACCUUCUAAAAUUAUGACAGUCCCAAGACACCCUUUAAAAUUAUGGACAGUCCCGAGACACCCUUUAAAAUUAUGAACAGUCCCGAGACACCCUUUAAAAUUAUGAACAGUCCCGAGACACCCUUUAAAAUUAUGGACAGUCCCAACGACACCCUUUAAAAUUAUGAACAGUCCCGACGCACCCUUUACAAUUAUGAACAGUCCCGAGGCACCCUUUACAAUUAUGGACAGUCCCGACGCACCCUUUACAAUUAUGGACAGUCCCGACGCACCCUUUACAAUUAUGGACAGUCCCGACGCACCCUUUAAAAUUAUGGACAGUCCCGAGACACCCUUUAAAAUUAUGGACAGUCCCAAG